GUUAGUCCAUUUCUUCGAAUUCCAUUCGGCAAUGGGACUGGGAUGUCCGGUUGUAGCAGUAGCGCAGGAACAGUGCCGCAGCUUUUCUGGGUUUACAAGGAAUCAUGACAGGAAGCAAAAGAGAGAGCUUUACCGGACACAGGUCAUAGUCGCAGCAGCAGCAGGAUUGCCAUCGGAGAUAGUAAUAGGAGCAGUACGUGAAGGCUGGAACUUAGCAUGGCGGACUAUGAUGCAGCAGCUAGCUCCACGAGAUUCCGGCGAUGGAACGUACAGGAGGCCAGAGAGCCAGUUUCGGGGCCGGUUUGAGGAGCCGGUUUCAGUCGAGCACGCCGGACGCUACCAUCUGUAUGCGUCGCCGGUUUGUCCGUGGGCUCACCGGGCACUCAUCGUUCACUCUCUCAAAGGACUAGGCUCGGCGGUUCCUAUCUCGCUUGCUCUUCCAGGGAAGUCGGGGCUGUGGGAGUUUGAGGCUGGUAGAUACCCGGAUAAGGCACAUAACUGCAGUCGUCUGAUAGAUGUUUAUCGGAUGAACAGCGGGGGGUUUCAGGGACGAGCGACGGUUCCCAUGCUGUGGGAUCGUGUCAGGAAAGCAGUGGUGAACAACGAGAGCGCAGACAUUAUCGCGAUGUUAAACUCGGACUUUAAUGCGCUUGCAGAGAACCAACACUUGGAUCUAGCUCCGGCAUCUCUCGGCCAGGAAAUGGACCGCUGGAACCAACUCGUCUAUGCCAACAUCAACAAUGGUGUAUACAGGUGUGGUUUUGCUCAGAGCCAGAAUGCUUACGAUCAUGCUGUUCACAACCUUUUCUCUGCACUCGAAACUGUUGAGAAACACCUUCAGUGCUCGAGAUUUUUGUGUGGCGACUCGCUCACUCUGGCAGACAUCCGGCUGUUCACGACGUUGUACAGGUUUGAUGCUGUCUACCACAUUCUUUUCAAGUGCUCCAAGCGAAAGUUGUCGGAGUUUUCGAAUCUUUAUGGCUACAUGCGACAGAUAUACCAGAUUCCAGGAGUGUCGUCCACUUGCAACCUCCCAAGCAUAAUGGAUGGCUACUAUGGGGCCUUGUUUCCUCUCAACCCAGGAGGGAUCCAGCCAGCCAUUCCCUCUAGCAUGGAACCAAAAGUUUUGUACAACCAAUAAUGCUUAGAAAGAGAGUUGAUAUGAAUUCUCAGAGAAAUUUCUCCGUGUAACAAGUCUACUUGAAGUAGCACUACUUGUUGCAUAAUGACAUUUCUCCUUGUCAUAGCCAUCA